AGAUGCUGAAAGAAUAUUGAUGAGAGGGAGGUGCUGGGGUUCAGGAAGAAAGAAAUGCACCGUUCAGCUCCAGACAGUGUGCUUCUUAGCAAACCCAGCAUGCAGAGGCCGCGGUGCGGCCAUCAUGUCGCAGGUCAAGGACUGAUCUGCGUUUAACCCGGCGAGACCUGGUUCUUCAUUGGCUGGCGAGGGAAGAGAUGAUAACCAGAGUGGCAUAAAACUGCCACGGAGCUGGUAACUAUCUCCUUCCGGGGAGCCAGUGGCCAGUGGUACGACGGAGAGAGCAAGUCCAGGGCUGCGUGUAAGGCAGAAAAAGAUGGGCUAAGAACCAAAGAGGGCCCACUGCCUUGGCAGAGUGGAGGGGACACCUGUGUGUUCCCGUAGGCCUGAGGGCAGGAAUUUUGGGGACCCUCUUAAAUUUGCAUCCCAGGCCUCCCUCCCUCACUCUACUCCUGGCCCUGCAGCAAAUAGCACCGAAUCUAGAAACUUCCCAAGCUUAACAUCAUACUUACCCAGCAUGGGCAAAAAGAUGGCCGAAUUCAAGAUGUAACAGAAAAGAUCCCUGAGUAACUGCAAAUGCAAGAACAUUUUAGCACUCCAGGGUAAAGAAUCUGUGCCAGCAUGUCUGCCUACUACAGGAAUAAUGGGUACGAGGAAGAUCCAGAUGACCCUGACUAUUCAGGGUCUCGGAACCCUACGCGAGGAUAUUUGAAAACUCGGGGUUAUUCAGAUUCUCCAGGUCCUCUGAACCACUCGGGUUACCCCACCAGCAGGAACCCAUACGCUGCAGACUCCAGAACAAAUCCAGACUAUCCUGCGUCUCUAGCAGAACCAGAUUAUCCUGGAUCUCAGAGUAAUCCAGACUACCCUGGCAGCAGAAGCAACCCAUACUCUGGAGGCUCCAGAAGGAAUUCCGACUACCCUGCGUCUCUAGCAGAACCAGAUUAUCCUGGAUCUCAGAGUAAUCCAGACUACUCUGGCACCAGAAGCAACCCAUACUCUGGAGGCUCCAGAAGAAAUUCCGACUAUCCUGGGUCUCUAGCAGAACCAGAUUAUCCUGGAUCGCAGGGUAAUCCAGACUUCCCUGGCAUCAGGAGCAAUCCAUACUCUGCAGGCUCCAGAAGAAGCUCAGACUAUCCCAAAUCUCUGGCAGAGCCAAAUUAUCUUGGAUCUUGGAGAAAUCCGUACCCUCCAGGCUCAUCCAGAGAGCCAGACUACUCUGAAUCUCAACGAAAUCCUGACUUUGCAGGUUCCAGGAGCAGUGGAAACUAUGCACGCUCCAGAACAAAUCCUGAUUAUCUUGGCUCCUUGGGAGAACCAGACUACCCUGGAUCUCAGGGAAACUCUAACCAUCCUGGCCCCAGAGCCGGUUCCAACCAUCCAGGCUCCAGAAGGAAUCCAGAAUAUGCUGGUUCCAGAAUCAGUCCAUAUAGAGACUCUCCGGCACAGCCUGACUAUCCAGGUGCCGAGAAUCAACCUAACUCUCCACACUUUUUUGGGGAACCAGACUAUCCCGGUGCUGAGAACAAUCGGAACUCUUCAAACUUUUGGGGGGAGCCCGAUUACCCAGAUGCGGAGGAUGGUCGUGCUUCUGGCUCUUCUGAGACCCCGGAAGUGACCAGGGAACUGCUCAACAGAACAUCUUCAAUCCAGCACUCAUUUCGUCAUGGGGGUGACGGCCCCUUGGGCAUCCUUGAGAGAGAGUAUGAAGAUUACCCUGAAAGCAUUGAAAUGAAUUCCAUGGAGAUGGCAAAUCCAUAUGGCCGCUCUGUGCCAGGUGCUCCUGGAAAUGGCUAUGUGAACCCUGCGUUUGUGGGUGAAGGCAGCCCCAGCCCAGCUAAUGGGAACCCGCCGUUGUCUGGGAACGAUUGGCACAAGUCACCCCAAGGACAAAAGUUAAUUGCAUCUCUGAUACCCAUGACAUCCAGAGACAGAAUUAAAGCCAUCAGGAGCCAGCCAAGGACCAUGGAAGAGAAGAGGAACCUUAGGAAAGUGGCUGACAGAGAGAAGAGCAAGCUCUCCCACGGUAUCUUUGAGCUCAGCUGCUGCGCACAGUGUCUGAACUCCAUUUCACUGGCAUACCGGAGAUCCAAGAACAGCCUGUCGGAGCUGCUCAGUUCCGUCAGCCUGUGGCAGAAGACGCUCAAGGUCAUCGGAGGCAAGUUUGGAACCAGCGUCCUCUCCUAUUUCAACUUUCUGAGGUGGCUUUUGAAGUUCAACAUUUUCUCGUUCAUCGUGACCUUCAGCUUCAUCAUAAUCCCUCAGUUUACCAUAGCCGAAAAGAACACCCUGCCGUUCACCGGGUUGGAAUUUUUCACUGGGGCGGGUUAUUUCCGGGACACGGUAAUGUACUACGGCUUUUACACCAACUCCACGAUCCAGCACGGGAAGGGCGGGGCAUCCUACAACAUGCAGCUGGCCUACAUCUUCACCAUCGGGGUGUGUUUGAUCAUCUGCUUCUUCAGUUUGCUGUUCAGCAUGGCGCGGUACUUCCGGAACAAUUUCAUUAACCCCCACAUCUACUCCAGAGGGAUCGCUAAACUUAUCUUUUGCUGGGACUUCACCGUCACUCAUGAGAAAGCUGUCAAGCUGAAACAGAAGAAUCUUAGCACCGAGAUAAGGGAGAACCUGUCCGAAAUCCGUCAGGAGAAUGUCAAGUUAACGCUCAAUCAGCAGCUGAUCCGCUUCUCUGCCCACCUGGCAGCCUGGGUUGUCUCUACCGGGGUGGCCAUCGCCUGCUGUGUAGCCGUUUAUUACCUGGCUGACAACAACUCCCAGUUCCUACAGAGCCACAGGAACCCCGGCGCGGUGCUGCUGCUGCCUUUCGUCGUGUCCUGCAUCAACCUGGCCGUGCCACGCUUCUACUCCAUGUUCGGGCUGGUGGAGCGGUAUGAGAUGCCGAGGCACGAAGUCUAUAUCCUCCUCAUCCGAAACAUCUUUCUGAAAAUAUCAAUCAUUGGAAUUCUUUGUUACUAUUGGCUCAACAUUGUGGCCCUGGCUGGUGAAGAGUGUUGGGAAACCUUCAUUGGUCAGGAAAUCUACCGGCUCCUUCUGAUGGAUUUCGUGUUCUCUUUAGCUGAUUCCUUCCUGGGGGAGUUCCUGCGGAGAAUCAUCGGGACGCGGGUUUUCACAAGUCUUGGCUUGCAGGAGUUUGACAUUGCCAGGAACGUCCUGGAACUGAUCUAUGCACAAACUCUGGUGUGGAUCGGAACCUUCUUCUGUCCUCUGCUGCCCUUUAUCCAGAUGAUUACUCUUUUCAUCAUGUUUUACGUCAAAAAUAUCAGCCUGAUGAUGAACUUCCAGCCUCCGAGCAAAGCCUGGCGGGCGUCACAGAUGAUGACGGUCUUCAUCUUCUUGCUCUUUUUUCCAUCCUUCACCGGGGUCCUGUGCAUCCAGGCCAUCACCAUCUGGAGAUUGAAACCUUCAGCUGACUGUGGCCCGUUUCAAGGGCUGCCCUUCUUCAUUCACGCCAUCUACAGCUGGAUCGACACCCUGAGUAAAAGGCCCAGCUACCUGUGGGUUGUCUGGAUCUACCGGAACCUCAUCGGAAGUGUGCACUUCUUUUUCAUCCUCACCCUCAUUGUGUUAAUCAUCACGUAUCUUUACUGGCAGAUCACAGAGGGAAGGAAGAUAAUGAUCAGACUGCUCCAUGAACAGAUCAUUAAUGAGGGCAAAGAUAAAAUGUUCCUGAUAGAAAAGUUGAUCAAGCUGCAGGAGAUGGAGAAGAGAGCAAACCCCAGCUCGUUGCCACCGGAAAGGCGAAACAUGGAGCAACCAGUCUCUUUGCACGUCAGGGAACAUGAUGCUGCUCGUGCCCCAGACCUGCGAUUUAGGCGAUCAGUUCAAGAAGAUAAUCCAAGGGCCUGAUGAUUAUUGCGGCAGCCAGACAGCAACCAAAUAAGGAAAGAAGACAAAGAUGGAACAACUUCUUCCACGACACCUGGGCCCGUCGGAGCUUUCCAGAAGGGGAAUUGAAGCCACUAGCUGGGAGUGGAAACUGACCACAGUGUAAAUACUGAAGUCAAAUCGGCCAUUCCCUGCUGGUUUUUUUUUAACACCUGAAUUGCUGAGUUUUCAAGAUAAAAUAUUUGGGAUUUUCUAAUAAAGACUGUUGUAAUAUUUAAACUAGUUCACAAAAACAUGGGGAGAGAGAACCUGGGAAUGAUGUAUUUUGUCUUCGAGAGAUGUGCUGUGAAUUGUGGGUCCUUAGAAGUCCCUCCUCCCAGACCUCCCAGACCUGGCGAAGGUUUGGAAACUGGUGCUAAGACAAGUAUCCAGCCUGAAUAAAAAUGUGGUCCUCAAUCAGA